AAGCUUGAAUUAUUGAUGAGAGUAAUGGCGUUGCCGUCUGUCUGCAGCAUGUUGCGUGUGGCGAUCCCGUUCAUUUCGGUGGUUGUCCUGCUAAGUGUGAGGCUUGUGGGGGCCGGCCAGGACUCCGGGAGUGUUAUUCCUGCAGAAA